AUGGUGGAUCAAAGAAGAAGCGAGAUUCCAGGGAAGAAAAGGGAAAAGGACCGGACGCAACCCAAUCUGUUCUCUGUAAAGUGCCACGCGUCAGGCCGUGUACCAGUGACCAUUAAUAUCUCUCUAUCGCUCUCUAAAACCAUUUUCUUCUGUUACUGCCUGCAGAGUGGUGAACAGUUGAAAAUCCGGUUCGCCAUGAGCGCCGGAGCUCUUCUCUACUCUUUCUCGCCAACGCCUCCAAAUCCAUCCGAUUGCUUCAAGAACUUCUCCUUCUUGGAACGGAGGCCCAAAUUUCCCUCACGUUUUCACCUGACGAUUCUUCCAGAGGAUCGAUGCUUCGUUUUCCAGAUUUCCGCCCGACGACAUUCCGGCGGAAGAGGGAACUGGAGGCUUUGGACCGAUGUCAAGUCGAAGCCCUACGACGUGUCGAACAAAGAUGCGAAUUCGGUGAAGUUUAAGAGCUCGAUCGACAAAAGGGUGCUCGACGAUGAAGAGGAGCUCAGUGAUGAACUUCCAUGGUGGAAACAAUUCCCCAAACGAUGGCUCAUCGUCACCUUGUGUUUCUCCGCCUUCCUUCUCUGCAAUAUGGACAGAGUAAAUAUGAGCAUCGCUAUACUUCCAAUGUCAGCGGAGUAUAACUGGAAUCCACAAACUGUUGGUUUGAUACAAUCAUCAUUUUUCUGGGGAUAUCUCCUCACUCAGAUUGCUGGUGGGAUAUGGGCAGAUACAGUUGGGGGAAAGUUGGUUUUGGGAUUUGGUGUGAUAUGGUGGUCAGUUGCCACAGUUCUCACACCUGUAGCAGCUAAAAUUGGUCUGCCUUUCUUGCUUGUUGUUCGUGCAUUCAUGGGGAUCGGUGAGGGUGUUGCAAUGCCUGCCAUGAACAAUAUACUCUCCAAAUGGGUUCCUGUAGCAGAAAGAAGCAGAUCACUAGCACUUGUUUACAGUGGGAUGUACCUUGGGUCUGUAACAGGCCUUGCCUUCUCACCAUUUUUAAUACAUCAAUAUGGAUGGCCAUCAGUUUUUUUCUCCUUUGGCUCACUUGGUGCAGUUUGGUUUGCUGUCUGGCUUAACAAGGCACACAGUUCGCCACUUGAGGAUCCUCAACUGAGACCACAAGAAAAGAAGUUGAUCUUUGCAAAUAGUGUUUCGAAGGAGCCUGUUAAAAGUAUACCCUGGGGACUGAUCUUGUCCAAAGCACCAGUAUGGGCUCUUAUAGUUUCUCAUUUUUGUCACAAUUGGGGGACAUUUAUUCUUUUGACAUGGAUGCCAACAUACUAUCACCAGGUCCUGAAGUUCAAUCUCACAGAAUCUGGUCUUCUUUGUGUUCUUCCCUGGCUAACAAUGGCAAUUUCUGCAAACCUUGGAGGCUGGAUCGCCGACACACUUGUGAGCAGAGGCCACUCCGUGACUACAGUUCGAAAGAUUAUGCAAAGUAUCGGAUUUCUUGGCCCUGCAUUCUUCUUGACCCAGUUGAGCCAUGUUGAUUCUCCGGCGAUGGCAGUUUUGUGCAUGGCCUGCAGCCAGGGAACUGAUGCAUUCUCUCAAUCUGGUCUAUAUUCGAACCAUCAAGAUAUUGCGCCCCGAUAUUCUGGAGUGUUACUUGGUCUAUCAAACACAGCUGGAGUUCUAGCAGGUGUUUUUGGGACAGCGGCUACAGGUUACAUCUUGCAACACGGUUCAUGGGAUGAUGUAUUCAAGGUAUCAGUUGGGCUAUACUUGGUUGGGACAGUGGUUUGGAAUCUCUUCUCAACCGGUGAGAAAAUAUUGGACUGACAAACCUUCUAGUCUACACGAAACCCCUUCACCCCUUCUCUCUACACAAACCCCUCAUUUCCAAACCAAUUCUUUGAAAACUUCUUGCUAGAAAGCACAGCCCACUGUAUAGUAGAUUCCCUUGGGCGGUGUUCAGUUUUUGGUUCUUGGAAAAAAGAGCUUUCAAUAUGUUAGGUGAUUUGAGUGGACAUUUAUAAAUAAAUCAUUUGUGCAGUCCAUGUUUUAUUUUAUUUUUGGAAGUGAUAUUUCUAUUUCAUAUUUGAUUGUGAGG